CAAAAACGUCUCUCUUUUUUUUUUUUUAUUCAUAAAAACGUCUCCCUAUUAAUAAUUCAUCACCUGCUCCGUUCCUGCAGAUUCUUCAAAUCCUCUAUCUCUUCUCGUAACAAUUGCAACAACCAUGAUUCAGAGAACUUCAGCCUUACGCAGUCUGCUUGGACCUUUACGGGUUCCUUCCCUUUCAUCCAAGAUUUCGGAGUACAAUUGGUACACAUCUCAGGCUGCAUCAUCUCUACAAGAAGUGAUCAUACCAUGUGCUUCCAGUUUGUCUGGAGAUGAUGAAUAUGCUGACGUGGAUUGGGAUAAUUUGGGAUUUGGUCUGACCCGGGCAGAUUACAUGUUUAUCAUGAAAUGUUUCAAGGAUGAAAGUUUCCAGAAAGGACAGAUCAGUCCAUAUGGGAACAUUGAGUUGAACCCUUCUGCAGGAGUCCUGAAUUAUGGACAGGGAUUGUUUGAAGGCACAAAAGCUCAAAGAACAGAGGAUGGAAGGAUUCUUCUCUUCCGUCCAGAACAAAAUGCAAUGAGAAUGAAGCGUGGCGCGGAAAGAAUGUGCAUGCCAUCUCCUUCCAUUGACCAGUUUGUUAACGCUGUGAAAGAAACUACUUUGGCAAAUAAACCCUGGGUUCCUCCCCCAGGAAAAGGGUCACUCUAUAUUAGGCCCCUGCUUAUUGGGAGUGGUCCUAUUUUGGGUUUAGGCCCUGCCCCUGAAUAUACGUUCCUUAUAUAUGCUUCCCCCGUCGGCAACUAUUUUAAGGAGGGUACUGCACCAUUGAACUUAUAUAUUGAGGAAGAAGUUGUCCGCGCCUCACCUGGAGGAGCUGGAGGAGUAAAAUCAAUCACUAACUAUGCUCCAGUUCUGAAAGCAAUAACCAAAGCCAAAGGCAGGGGAUUUUCUGAUGUUCUGUACCUUGAUGCUGUGAAUAAGAAAUAUAUUGAGGAAGUCUCUUCAUGUAACAUUUUCGUCAUAAAGGGAAAUCUUAUUUCAACUCCAGCUACUAAUGGGACCGUUCUCGAUGGGAUAACCCAAAAAAGCAUCAUCGAAAUUGCCAGGGAUCAUGGUUACCAAGUGGAGGAACGGCGGAUUCCGGUGGAUGAACUGAUUGAUGCCGAUGAAGCUUUCUGUACCGGAACUGCUGUUGGAGUUGCACCAGUUGGCAGUAUUACAUAUCAGAAUAAGAGAAUUGAAUUCAAAAGGGAAGGUCAGUUGGUAUGGCAAGAACUGUAUUCUACUCUUGUGGGAAUUCAAACAGGUCGUAUUGAGGAUAAAAAAGGUUGGACCAUGGAGAUCAAUUAACAUGUAUGUUUGUACAGGUGUUCUGGAUUCUGAUCCCAUUUUAUGAUUUAUGAGUCAACUGCCUGUAAAUUUUAAUCAGUAAUCCCAUUUCCCAUCCUGGUAAACUGGAAUUGAAAUUAGUGGGGGAGGAAAAUAAAAGAUUGCGUUCUGUAAUUAAUGGGAAGUAAUUGUUGCAUAUUCCUGUUGUAAACCCAAGUGGGGAGCAAAUCAGUGUUGUAUUUAUAUGAUUGGUGUUUCAAUCCAAGUCUUUGUGCUGAAUCUAUAGAAUAGUAGGGAGCAAUUCUGGCUGUUUUAAGAUUGGAUAUACUAAGCUUUUGGGUUGGUGAACUAUAAAAAGUUCCUUUGUAC